CUACACGUGCUAAAUGUCUCAUUGAAGACUAACAUAAGAAAGUCCUCAUGUUAAGUGGCGCCUCCACCGGCUCUGAUGUUUUUAUCAUCUGUGGUUUCUCUUUGUGUUUUGUAAAGGUGCUCCAUGGAGACAUACUCACUCCUGAGAGUCAUCGGUGAAGGAUCUUUCGGCCGGGCUUUGUUAGUGCAGUGUAAAAGCAGUCAGGAGAAGUAUGUGGUCAAGGAAAUCCAGCUGCCAAAGAAUCGGUCCAAACUGGAGAAUUCAAGGAGAGAAGCCAUCCUGCUGUCAAGAAUGAAACAUCCUAAUAUCGUGGCCUUCAGAGAGGCGUUCGAAGCUGAUGACCUCCUGUGUAUUGUUAUGGAGUACUGCAAUGGAGGAGACCUGCUCCAGAGGAUCCGCCAACAGAAAACUACGCAGUUCUGUGUGGAUGAUAUCUUGAGGUGGUUUGCUCAAAUGUGUGCAGGUGCAAAGCAUAUCCACGAUAAACGGGUUUUGCACAGAGAUCUGAAGUCCAAGAACAUUUUCCUGACUGAUAAUGGGACAAUCAAGCUCGGGGACUUUGGCUCAGCGUGUAUUCUGAACAGCUCAAAAGCUUACGCUCAUACAUAUGUUGGGACACCAUAUUACGUGGCUCCAGAAAUCUGGGACAACAAGCCCUACAACAAUAAGAGUGAUGUGUGGUCUUUGGGAUGCGUCCUCUAUGAGCUCUGCACCCUGCGACACCCGUUCCAGGCAUCCAGCUGGAAAAGCCUGAUUCUUAAGGUGUGUCGGGGCGCAUACCCUCCCCUCCCCAAACACCUGCCCUACGAGCUGCAGUAUCUGGUCAAGCAGAUGUUUAAGACAAACCCCAAAGACAGGCCGUCCCUGCAAACCAUCCUGACCUCUCACCGGGUUUCCAAACUCCUGCGUUCACAUUUUCCCUCUCAGGUGAUGGAGACGGAGGAGCAGGGGAGGCGUACGGGUCGAUGGAACAGAGGAGAGGGGAAGAAGGUGGUCGAUCUUCUGGGAGAGAAGACUUUAAUAAAAAUGUCAACAUUUGAGGGCACAGAGUUAACAGAGGGUCACUGUGAAAGCAGAGAGCCCGGCCACCGAAAGCAGUGGGCCGCUGCGCCCUCAGACACUGUGCUGCAGGCGUUGGCCAAUGCCAGCAUCAUCUCAUCUGACAGCAUGGCAUCCACCAGCCAGGCCCUCACAGGUGUGUCAGAGGAGCCAGAGGACAGCAGGCGGAGGAGACAAUGGGAGAAAGAUCCUCCCGAGAGGCUGCUGAGUCUGCUGGAGAAGGCCCGGCUAAGCAGAGCCUUCAGCACCUUCGUAAUAAACAGAGGUGACGACCUGCUGAUGGGACCCCUCUCCCAGGGGCAGGGUGACGACACUGACGGUCCUGAGCCAGAGGUGGUUGUAGACGAGGACCGGCUAGAGCCGCGCUCUGAUGAUGAGGACACAGACUUUGAAGAAGAGUCUCCAUGUGACUGGAUAGAAGAAGCUGAAAAAAUGUUUUCAGAACACUAAAGCCUCAUCCUCCUCAACCUACACAAUCAUGAGGCUGCCAUUGUUAAUGUAUACUUUACAUUUGUUUAAAACACUAACAGUUUACAUGUGCCAAAAUCAUUUCACUUGAACUGUGUCUUAUUAAUGAGGACCUUUUUUUUUUUUUUUUAUAACAGGUAAUAUCAAAGAUGACAAACAUCCGAUUAAGCUCACAUAGUAACAGUUAGACACUCAGUCUUUUUUUUAUAUCGUUUUAUAUUGUUUCAAGCUCUGGUCUGAUUUUUGUGAAUUUGAUCACACUGUUGCAA